AUGAACGUAGAGAGCUUGGGGCAGUACCUGGCACUCAGUAUGGGCUUCAUCCGUAGAGAGGGAGUGCCAGCAGGCCUGGCCUUCACCGGGUUCCUGCCCUCUGUGGCCACCCUCCUGUGGCUGAGGGAGCUAGAGAAGGCCACGGUGCGGGGCCAGGAGCUGGGGGCCCGGCUGGAGCAUCUGCAGAGUGAGCUGGAACGGGCGGCUCUGGAGCACCAAGAAUUUCUGCGGGAACAGGAGUUCCAGCACCAAAGGUACCAGGGCCUGGAGCAGCGGCUGGAAGCUGAGCUGCAGGUGGCGGCCACCAGCAAGGAGGAGGCGCUGCUGGCACUCAAAAAGAGGGCCCUGCAGCUGGAGGAGGAGCUGUUCCAGCUGCGCCAGGCUGCUGGGGGACAGGGGCCUGAGGAGCAGGCUGAGCCGAGGGUCACGGAGGCCCAGAGCGCGCGGCUCAUUGAGGUGGAGCGCAGUAAUGCAACGCUGGCCGCCGAGAAGGCGGCUCUGCAGGGGCAGCUGCAGCACCUGGAGGGGCAGCUGGGAAGCCUGCAGGGGCGCGCCCAGGAGCUGCUGCUGCAGAGUCAGCGGGCACAGGAGCACAGCAGCUCCCUGCAGGCUGAGAAGUCUGUACUGGAGCUGCAGGGCCAGGAGCUGCACAGGAAGCUGGGGGUGCUGGAGGAAGAGGUGCAGGCGGCGCGGCGCUCCCAGGAGGAGACUCGUGGGCAGCAGCAGGCCCUGCUUCGGGAUCACGAGGCCCUGGCACAGCUGCAGCGGCGGCAGGAGGCUGAGCUAGAGGGACUGCUGGCCCGGCACCGCGACCUCAAGGCCAACAUGCGGGCACUGGAGCUGGCCCACCGGGAGCUGCAGGGCCGGCACGAGCAGCUGCAGGCCCAGAGGGCCCAUGUGGAGGCGCAGGAGGCGGCCCUGCUGGCGGAGCGCGAACGCCUGAUGCAGGACGGGCAUCGGCAGCGGGGCCUGGAGGAGGAGCUCCGGAGGCUGCAGAGUGAGCAUGACAGAGCUCAGAUGCUGCUGGCGGAGGUGUCCCAGGAGCGCGGUGAGCUGCAGGGGGAACGCGGGGAGCUGCGGGGCCGGCUGGCGAGGCUGGAGCUGGAGCGGGCACAGCUGGAGGCGCAGAGCCUGCGACUGCGAGAGUCCAACCAGCAACUGGACCUGAGCGCCUGCCGGCUGGCCACACAGUGUGAGCUGUUGACGGAGCUCCGGAGCGCCCAGGAAGAGGAGAACCGGCAGCUGCUGGCCGAGGUGCAGGCUCUGAGCCGGGAGAACCGGGAGCUCCUGGAGCGCAGCCUGGAGAGCCGGGACCACCUGCACCGCGAGCAGCGCGAGUACCUGGACCAGCUCAAUGCCCUGCGCCGGGAGAAGCAGAAACUGGUGGAGAAGAUCAUGGACCAGUACCGUGUGCUGGAGCCUGGGCCCCUGCCCCGGACCAAGAAGGGCAGCUGGCUGGCAGACAAGGUGAAGAGGCUGAUGCGGCCCCGGCGGGAGGGGGGCCCCCAUGGGGGGCCGCGCCUGGGGGCCGAUGGGGUUGGCAGCACCGAGAGCCUGGGGGGCCCCCCAGAGACGGAGCUCUCCGAGGGCAGGGAGGCAGAUGGGACAGGGUCCCCCUCACCGGCACCCAUGCGCCGGGCCCAGAGCUCCUUGUGCCUGCGGGAUGAGACCCUGGCGGGUGGGCAGCGGCGGAAACUCAGCUCAAGGUUUCCUGUGGGGCGAAGCUCUGAGUCAUUCAGCCCCGGGGACACCCCACGGCAGAGGUUCCGACAGCGGCGCCCAGGCCCGCUGGGGGCACCCAGCUCCCAUGGCAAAGGACCUGGCGUGGGAUGGGACGGCUCUGUCGAGACCCUGGCGGAGCGCGAAGCAGACGCCAACAGAGAGGGCGUCGAGGUGCAGGAAUCGGAGAAACGGGCUCUCGCCCCUUCCCUCAGCCAGUGACACUGCGUGGAUGGGGAGCUUGGGAGUGGAGUCUUCUCGACCCUGGAGUCUCACCGGGGGCCCCAGGCAGCCCAAGAAUUUGGGGAGGCAGGGCA